CCUAGUUUCAUUGAUCAUAACCUCAAAAAUUUUCGCAUCACCAAGCUCGCUAUCCCAAAUAUGUGAUGAAUUUAAAUGAAUAAUGACUCAAGUUGUGUAAAUAUGUGUUUGUGUGAUUGAGUGUCGUUCGUAUUUAGUCGGCUUGAGAUAUUAUUUUCUAGUUUGUGUUGACCAGUCGCCGUUGUCAAAAUGCGUGUCGAGUUAUCAUUAUUAUUCGGCAAUUUAUGAUAGUGUGUUGUGAUAACUGCUGUGGGUGAGUGGGGGAGAGUUUUUGUUGAAGAAAUGAGUCACGUCGGUACAGACGACAGCAUGAGUGACGACGUGUUCGAAGAUGACAACCUCCGGGCACCGACCCACCGCACCACGCCCUCGCCGACUGGCUACCCGGACUACAAGCCUGUGUCUCCUGCACGACCAGCGCUGGAGGAUGAGAUGCCCAUUCACAAAACUAUAUUGCUUGGCGACAGCGGCGUGGGGAAAACAUCUUUAUUAGUUCAGUUCGAAACGGGGAAGUUUCAGCCGGGGAACUUCUCAGCAACCGUCGGUAUUGGAUUUACGAAUAAGGUAGUUACUGUGGACAGCGUGAAGGUGAAGCUUCAGAUUUGGGACACAGCAGGACAGGAGCGCUUCCGUAGCGUAACACACGCAUAUUAUAGGGACGCCCAUGCCUUGUUGCUACUUUAUGAUGUGACGAACAAAACCAGUUUCGACAACAUCCGUGCCUGGCUUGGCGAGAUCCGAGAGUACGCUCAAGACGAUGUCGUCAUUAUGCUCUUGGGAAACAAGUCAGAUAGUGGUCUCGAGCGCGCGGUGCGGCGGGAGGAGGGGCAGCGGUUAGCGAGAGAGUAUCAAGUCGCGUUCAUGGAGACAUCGGCUAAAACCGGCCUGAAUGUAGAAGCGGCCUUUGCCCACGUUGCACGCGCUCUCGUCGCCAAAGCGAACCCCACCGAUACGACGCGGCUAGCUGUGCGCGCGCAGCAGUCACAUGAAGAACAACGCUCUCACUGUCCGCCAUGCUCUUAAACUUCGCGCCAAUUUUAAAUUUCGAACCUGCAUAGCUGUGGACCAAUGAAGCGAUGUCGUGCGUGUGUUUUAUAAAUUUUAUUUUUCUUCUUGUUAUAAAUCGAUGUAUUUACCAAUUUAUGUAAUAAAUAAUAAUAUUGAAUAUUAUGUAAAAAAAGGACAUUCAUUUUGAUUGAUGUCUUUUAUCUGUGCUUUUAAUUAUUGUCGUAGAUGUUUAAAAAAAAAUCUUAUCAAUGUCUAAUUCUAUAUACAUAUUAUUAAUGUAACUGUUAUAAUUAUAUAGGUACACGCUAAUAAUUCUUAUAAAAAUCUUAUAGUUAUUAUAUUGCAUUUUUAGUAGGUUUUAAGUCUUAGGUAGAUACUUAGGUUACUACUUUAUAAUAUUUGAAAUUCUAACAGACUACCAGACCAUGAGUCUAUAAUACCUAUAGGCUAUAUUGGCAAAAUAAGUCAAAUUAGGUAGGACCUCUACCUGUAAGUGGUACGUAGUCUACGUAAUAAGUAUAUAGCUGUUGCUGGCAAUGAAUAAUAUAUUAGUAACAUGGCGUUCUUCAUUCUAUACCUACAGUUUGUUCUCUUUUAACUAAGAGAGUAUAGAGAAAUUAUAAAAUAUUGUAUAUACCUAUCUAUUGUGGGAUAGAGAACGUGAACGUCAAUAAACGGUCCACCGUACAGGGAGGAUAUAUUUUGGUAGGGUUGUCACAAGAAGCUAAGAAUAUUUAAACAAAACAUUUUUUAUUAGCUUUUUUAUUGGGUUUGAUCAUUGAUAAUUAAUAACCUUACAUAGGUAUGUAAGGUUAUUAAUUAUUAUUCUUGUAGGUACAAGAAAUCAUUCAAAAGUUACAUUUAAAGGUGUCCGCAUUAAAAUUAUAAACAUCUAUGUACCUAAUAAUAUAAAUCAUAUCUUACCGUCUAGUUUAGGUAGGUAUGUGAAAGAUAUACUUAAUAUAUUUUUAAAUUUUUAUUUCAUUUAAAGACAGACCUAGAAAUCAACAAAUAAGAACCAUGUAUUGAUUGACCUUUCAAUAAAAAUUGUCCUAUUAUCUUAAGCUUAAACAAAUAUUAAAAGUUUCAUUGAGCUUCUUCUAAAAAAAAAUUUUUUUAUAUCAUAGUUAAAUCAUAUUACACUUUAAAUAUGACUUUUUUUCGUACAGCUCAUUCGGAAGGCAGAUUUCCUCAGAGAAGAACGAGCAAGAAAUUCUAUGGUUAGGUACUCUUUUCAAAACAAAUUAGGUACUCGUAUUAUUACAAGUUCUAAAUCAUUAUACUUAAUUAAAAUAUAUGCAAAGUGAUGCAACAAAAAUACUCAAACGUCAAAAACUAAAUGGCUUACAAGAAUAAGUAAAAAAAAAUUAAAUUAAUAAUUAUAAACACAAGAGUUAUUGAAUCCACAUAAUAUAUUGAACGACCUGGGAAGGUUCAAUGAAUCACAAACACUGGUCACUUGAAUUUAUUCCACUCGAGUUAAUGAUACCGUAAAUAAAUAAAGGCCUCGUGAGAAGACUGUAGCUGCACUUAAUGGUGAAGGUCAUUUUUGGCAAACGGAAUUAAGAAAAUUAAUAUAAACUUAAUAAGUCUCCAUUAAAUAACAAACGACUGUGAAGAUCGUUCGCGUUUGUUCUUUGUUUGAGGACAAGGGUGAAGAUAACAUACCUAUCUAUAUAUAUAAAAAUGAAUUGCUGUUCGUUAGUCUCGCUAAAAUACGAGAACAGCUGGGCCGAUUUGCCUUAUUUUGGUCUUGUAUAAUUUGUGGAAGUCCAGGGAAGGUUUAAAAGGUGAAUAAAUAUGAAAAUUCUCGAAAAAAAUAAAUACAAACAUAUAAAUUUUUCCUUUGAUGUGUCCCCCGUCGUUCAGAUAACAAAUUGAAAGAAUAUUUUCAAAUGAUUUUACGAAAUUAUUCUUGAUGUUAUGGUACGAGUAUUAACAAAUUCAUAAAAAAAAAACAUUAUUAUAUUUAUUAUAUUAUAUAGAACAACUUCUGUUGGGUCAGCUAGUAUAAUAUAAUUUCUUAUUAUUGUUUUGGUUAGAUAUCUUAACACUGUAACUGUUAAUGCUAACAAUAGGUGUCUUCAAUAACAAAAACAUAAUACUUUUAGCCUUUUAAUAAUUAAUUUUUAACCUUUAAGUUCCUACAAAUAGGUUACUAGCUUGUUACUAGGUAGUAGAUACCAACCUAAAUUACUUCUAAACAUUGUAAAGCUAUUUAAUGAGAUGUCAAGCGCUACAAGAUUACCUUAAAUACUUACCUAUAUGUGUAUAAAUUACCUUAAGAGUAAGUUAAAUUAGUGUUAAAAAAGUGUAAAUUUAUGUAUAUCAAUGUACAAGUCUGUAAUUAAAACUUAAGUAACUAUUAGGUACUUAUUACUUACCAAUCUAAAUUUAUUUAAGAUUACGUUGGUUUCAAUCGUAACCAAAAAGUAUCAAACACUAGGUACCACUAGGUACCUACUAUAUAACUACCUACUUAAUUUGUUGAUCAUGCUUAUAAAAAUAGAGCGUCUUGAAGUGCGACAUGACAGAUAACUAUAAUAUUAAUUAAAGUAUUAUUAGUAUUAGUAUAGUUCCAGAGAUAUAAUAUUCGAUUAAAUCUUACUGUGAAGAUACUAUGUAUCUGCAUUAAUAAUUUAGCAUUUAAGUAUUUAUGUACCUAAGAUAAAAAUAUAUAUGUUGUGCAAAACCUAAAUAUACUACAAUAUGUUAUUGCCAUAAAUGUUGCUUGAGCAAAAAAUAAAUUAUAAAUAUUCA